AUGGCGUUCCUCUCAAAGUUACGCCGUCCAGUAUCAUUACAUUUACCAAAGAAGGAAACGAACUUGUUAGUAGUAUGGAACUACAGAAUGUCGACAGCAGCAUUUACAUAUCAUAUAAGUUGAAGACGACAUCUCCGGAAAAAUUCAGGGUCAAACCUAGUACAGGGUUGCUAGCUCCCGGAGAAUCUAAUACUGUCACGGUUACUCUAUUUCCCGGUUUCCAACUCGGGGGACUUUCCAAAGAUAAAUUCCUGGUGAUGAGCACAACGCUUGAACCUGAUGAGAUUGGCAAUGUGGAUUCUGUUGAGAUAUGGAAGAAUUCGUCAGGACGAAAAAUCAAUCAGCACCGACUGAAAUGCAUACAGAGUGGAGACAUGAACUUGACUGGUAAUUUUGUAUCACAAAGUACCCCGACUCAAGAAAAUGAUCAGAAUAACUACAACAAACUCUCAGCUGCCAUAUCGCAAUUGAGCACUUGUCAAAAUGAACUCCACUCCGCCAUCAGGAAGACACAGUAUUACCAGUUAGCAACCAUAAUUCUAAUCUUGUUCCUAGCUAUCAUACUUGGCUAUUUGUCACGUCAGAACAGUAUAGAAGUUUCUUCAGAUCAUUCUUAUUGCAGAGAAAUGAAUGAGCCAUAACAGUAGCUGUCACUUGCAGAGCCCGUGGAAGUUCAUUUGUUUUAUAGGGUAUUGAAGAAAUUAAUAUUCCAGUUUUUGUAUCUAUUUUGUAUCUUACAAGAUUUUUAUAAUAGCCUCUUGGCUCUGCUUUAGACAAUGACAAUAUACUUUAGGAAUUGUUAUAUUGUUUUUAAAGGUUUAUCAGCAGAUCGGUUUUUAUGUAUAUUUUCAUAGGUUAUAUUCGUUGAUUGAUGUAGAGAUUGGGGCAGUUAUUUUUGUUGUCUAGAUUCCUGAACUGGGUGAUAAGACUAAGUCUUGUUUUGAAAAGAUUCACAAUUAAAGUUGGUAAUUUGAUUGGAAGCUAUUGAACUGUGAAGAACAUCAAUUUAUCUUAGCAGCCUGGAUGAGUGAUUUUAGUUUCCGUUCAAAGAUUUUAAACUCUGUAAGGUGUAUUAUUGAAACUAAGGUUAAUAGUCGCCUUCUUAACUUUUGAAAGAAAUAAAAACAUAUUGUUGGAAAUCAAAUUAGCCAUUCCCAAGUAAUUAGCACUUUUGUGUUUGUUCAAAGAAUUGCAAACUAUAAAUAUAAUAAUUUCAAGAAAAACAUUCUUUCUUAAAAUUAUAUUUAUCAUUACGUUUCUAAAUUUCCAUAACUAAUAUGACCCUACUAAUAACUCAGGAAUGGCUUAUUCGAUUUUGAAAAAUCAAUCAAUGUUGAAUAGAGAAUUGAAAUACUUUUUUUUAAAAGGGGAGUCUUUUUACCAGAACGUGUGAUAAUGAAAGUGAUUGAUGCAUUUUACGUAAAUUUCAUCCAGCCUUAAUAUCUGUUCUGUUCAAAAGUUGGAGAGGGCGGCCAUUUACGUCCCCACUGUAUAUUUUUAACAAUAAUAUUUUUUUUGUUUGAAUACGUGAUAGAUACAUUGUCACUUUCAAAAAAGUUUUUAUUUUGAAUAUCAGUUCUGAAGUUUUUGUCUGUUUCACAGUUAAUAAUCCGUAAUGUUUAUGAUUGAUUGGUAAGGUAAACUGUAGGUAAGGCUUAUAAGCACAAUGGUUCAUCACUAGAAUUUUUAUUUCUAUCGAAGUUACCUUAUCGUCUUCCAUUUCCAGUGGCAAUCAUCUUGACCCGAGAAUAUCUCGAUUAUCAUUUUCCAUGUCAAAAGUAAACAUUAUCGGCAAGUACGCGCGUCUAACUUCAGUGCUGCCAACAUAUAUAUUAUAACAACUAAACCAUUUUUAACAUUUUUUUUCAAUAAGAAGCAAAGACUUGAUUUUUCGAUGAAACCAAAUCAAAAUAUGCUUUAUUUUUUGUUAGUGGUGUAUACAACCAUGUGAUACGUGAAUUAAAACUGUAAAUACAAUAUAUUUGCCAUUGAAGUAGUUAUAAUUUUCAGUUCAUCCAUGAGUUUAAUGAGAGUUAUUUUUGUAUGACAGUUGAGCUACUUUAGAUAUAGAAUGAUUAAUAGAAAAAGAAAGAGUUAGUUACCUUUCAUCAUCCUUCACAAUUGGUAUGAUAGGGGGCGUCCAUUAUACGUUUGGCGAUUUUUUGACUCCCCUUUCUCCCUGGCGAGAUGUAAAAUUUGGCUCUAAUUUCACGUAAUUUUUUACGCAUGAUUGUGUUGGAUUUCUUUUAAAAAAACCUAAUUUGCUAAUUAUUUUCAAUUCAAACCUGUUGACUAGUAUUUAAUAUAUUCUUUCACUUUGUGGUGUACCUACACAUAACCAUUAUAAAUAUUAAUGUGUAGGAUUAUUGUGUUUUCUUGUAAUUUUACUUGGAUUCUUGCUGAAACAGUAUGUUUUAUUUGCCUCCUUUCCCCUGCAUGGGAAUGGGUGAGAUUCGGCAGGAACGCUUCCCCUUCUGAACGCCUCACAUAAUUCAUAGACGCCCCCGUAGGUGUUUUUUGGAUGAGAAGUGUCAACUCUAGCAGAAUGGGAUGGAGCUAUUUUUUUUUGAAUGGCUGCUUCUCAAAGAAAUCCUAUUCUGUACUACUUUGUUAUUCCAAAUCCCUAGUUGCCGUUACACAAAAGUGUUUUCAGUCAAUGAAUUUUUGGAUCACAUAUUUGAUUUUCACAAAUAAUGUUACCAGGUUUUUGUGCUGAUGGCAACAGGAGUUACCAAUUAAGUAAUCGCGGAAAUAUAGUGUAGGCCUAAUUGUGAUUUACUAUUAAUGUCUUAAUAAAACAAAUAUUACAGAAAA